CACCAUAAUUUUUUGUUCAUUCUCUUUUUUUGAUUAUUUAAAAUGGUAAGCUUGGUCGUUCAAAAACGUUUAGCUGCUUCCGUCCUCAAGUGUGGACAACGUAAGAUCUGGUUAGAUCCCAAUGAAGUCAAUGAAAUCUCCAAUGCCAAUUCUCGUGCCAAUAUUCGUAAACUUGUCAAGGAUGGUUUGAUCAUCCGCAAGCCUCAAAUUUCUCAAUCUCGCUUCCGUGUCCUCGAGCGUGCUGCUGCCAAGCGUAAUGGUCGCCACAUGGGCUAUGGUAAGAGAAAGGGUACUGCCGAUGCCCGUAUGUCUAGCCAAGUCAUCUGGAUGCGUCGUAUGCGUGUCCUCCGUCGUCUUUUGGCCAAGUACAGAGAAGCCGGCAAGAUCGACAAGCACUUGUAUCACCAACUCUACCUCAAGUCUAAGGGUAACGGUUUCAAGAACAAGCGUGUCUUGAUGGAACACAUUCACAAGGCUAAGGCUGAAAAGGUCCGUGCAAAGACUCUCGCUGAACAAGCUGAUGUCCUUCGUGCCAAGAACAAGGCUCUUCGUGAACGUCGUGCAAACAAGAAGAAUGAAAAGAUUGAAUCUCAAUAAACAUCAUUCUUGUCCCUUCAGUUUUUUUUUUGUG